CCCUGAGCUGCGGGGGUGUGGCGUGCCUGACUGUCAAAGGGCAAUGGCCUGAUGCGAGCCUAUAAAGUGACUUGGGAGAAGCCAGGCAGCUCACUUGGAGGAUUCUGUGUGGAAACUGCCUUCAUCGGAUCUGAGAGGCCUCUCCUGCAGCCUCCCAGCCCCAAGAUGGUGACCAUGCUGAUGCUCCUGGCCACGCUGGCGGGUCUCUUCUCCACAGCCAAAGGACAGAAUUUCCAUCUUGGGAAAUGCCCAUCUCCUCCGGUGCAAGAGAAUUUUGACGUGAAAAAGUAUCUUGGAAGAUGGUACGAAAUUGAGAAGAUCCCAGCGAGCUUUGAGAAAGGAAACUGCAUUCAAGCCAACUACUCGCUGAUGGAGAACGGAAACAUCGAAGUGCUGAACAAGGAGCUGAGUCCUGAUGGAACCACAAACCAAGUUAAGGGUGAAGCCAAACAGAGCAAUGUCUCAGAGCCAGCCAAGCUGGAAGUCCAGUUCUUCACGUUGAUGCCACCGGCUCCCUACUGGAUCCUGGCCACCGAUUACGAGAACUACGCUCUCGUGUACUCCUGUACCACCUUCUUCUGGCUUUUCCACGUGGAUUAUAUUUGGAUCCUAGGAAGAAAUCCUUACCUCCCUCCAGAAACAAUAACCCACCUAAAAGAUAUCCUUACGUCUAAUGACAUCGAGAUCGAAAAAAUGACAAUCACAGAUCAAGCGAACUGCCCGGACUUCCUGUAAAGGGGGCGGGGAAAACCACUCCACGUUAUUUCUUUGCUUUGCGUUCUGUUCCCUGGCCCCACCCCCACUCCCCAUAGGACCAAGCAACCAUGGUGGUACCAAAGGGAAAGUAUGGCCUUAGAAGCCAGUGGAGGGAGGGGACUCAUGGAAAGUCGGCCCAAACCCAAGCAGACCCCACACUGUUGCCCUGCUAGCCCAAUAAUAAACAUUUUGCUGACCA